AACACCCAGAAGAGAGAAUUCACAUUCUUUUAGAAUACAGCAGGAAAAUGAAGACUCGGCUAAAAAUCAUAGUUGGUGUGGUUCUGUGCCUUUUGCUUUCCUUAUUACUUAUCUGUAUUAUACUGCUUCCAUCAAGAGUCGUCAACACAAAUGAUGGUCCCAGAGCUCUUACACUGGAGGAUUAUUUGAAUGGAAACUUCCAAUACAAAACAUUUUUUCCAUAUUGGGUGUCAGAUAAUGAAUAUCUUCAUCAGUCUGCAGAAGAUGAUAUUAUUCUUUACAAUGUUGAAAUGAACUACCCAACUACCAUCAUGACUAACAGCACAAUGAAACAAGUUAAUGCUUCAAAUUAUGUGUUAUCAUCAGAUAAGUAUUUCAUAGCUCUGGAAAGCAAUUAUUCAAAGCUGUGGAGAUACUCUUAUACAGCAUCAUACCAUAUUUAUGACCUUAUAUAUGGUGGUUUUGUAACAGAAAAUCAGCUUCCACAUAAAGUACAGUACAUAUCCUGGUCACCCGUUGGACACAAAUUGGUGUAUGUAUAUCAGAAUAACAUCUAUUUGAAACAAAGUCCGAGAGAGGCACCAAUUAAAAUAACUUCUGAUGGAAAACAGAAUGAAAUUUUUAAUGGGAUUCCUGAUUGGGUCUAUGAAGAGGAAAUGCUUGCAACAAAAUACGCACUGUGGUGGUCUCCAAGUGGAAAAUAUUUAGCAUAUGUACAAUUUAAUGAUUCUAAUAUACCAGUUAUUGAAUAUUCAUAUUUUGGUGAGGACCAAUAUCCUAGAAAAAUAAUUAUCCCAUACCCAAAGGCUGGGGCUAAAAAUCCAACUGUUAAAGUCUUCAUUGUAGACACCACUAAUUCUGAAGUGUUUGGACCCAAGGAGGUGCCAGUUCCUUCAGCCAUAGCAUCCAGUGAUCACUAUUUUACUUGGCUUACUUGGGUAACAGAUAGUCGAAUCUGUGUGCAAUGGCUAAAGAGAAUCCAGAAUUUUUCGGUCUUAGCUAUUUGUGACUUCAAAGAAAACUCAAAUAGUUGGGACUGUCCAGAGAAUCAACAGCACAUAGAAGAGAGUCAAACAGGAUGGGCAGGCGGAUUCUUUGUUUCUACACCAUAUUUUACAUCAGAUGGCAGCUCAUACUACAAAAUUUUUAGUGACAAAAAUGGUUUUAAGCAUAUUCAUUACAUCAAUGGCUCCGUGGAGAAUGCAAUCCAAAUUACAAGUGGAGAAUGGGAGGCAAUUUACAUUUUUAGAGUAACAAAUGAUGCAAUUUUCUAUUCAAGCAAUGAAUUUGAAGGCUAUCCAGGAAGAAGAAAUAUUUACAAAAUCAGUAUUGGAGAUAAACCUAUCAGAAAACAAUGCAUUACUUGCAAUUUAAGGAAAGAGAGAUGCCAGUAUUAUACAGCAAGGUUCAGUGAACAUUCUAAGUAUUAUGCCUUGAUCUGUUACGGUCCUGGGAUUCCUAUUUCUACUCUUUUUGAGAACCACGGUGACAGAGAGCUCAGAGUAUUGGAAGACAAUUGGGAAUUACAAUCUGCUUUGCAAGAGAUCAAGCUGCCAACAGAAGAAAUUAAUAAACUUGAAGUGGAUGGUAUAACUUUGUGGUACAAAAUGCUUCUACCUCCACAAUUUGAUAGAUCCAAGAAGUACCCACUGCUUAUUCAAGUGUAUGGAGGACCAUGCAGUCAGAAUGUAAAAGAAACAUUUAGCAUUAGCUGGAUAACGUAUCUUGCAAGCAAAGAGGGAAUUAUUGUUGCUCUGGUGGACGGCAGAGGAACAGCUUACCGAGGUGACAAGAUUUUACAUGCAGUAUAUAGAAGACUAGGAGUCUAUGAAGUUGAUGACCAAAUCUCAGCAGUAAAGAAAUUUAUAGAAAUGGGCUUUAUUGAUGAGAAACGAAUAGCAAUAUGGGGCUGGUCCUAUGGUGGGUAUGUAACUUCUUUGGCACUUGGAUCUGGCAGUGGAUUAUUUAAAUGUGGAAUGGCUGUGGCUCCUGUUUCUAGCUGGGAAUAUUAUGCAUCUAUCUACACAGAACGAUUUAUGGGUCUUCCUGUAGAGUCUGAUAAUCUUGAGCACUACAAGAAUUCAACUGUGAUGGCAAGAGCAAAGAAUUUCCAAAACGUAGAGUAUCUUCUCAUCCAUGGAACAGCAGAUGAUAAUGUACAUUUUCAGAACUCAGCACAAAUUGCAAAAGCUCUGGUUAAUGCGCAGGUGGAUUUCCAGGCAAUGUGGUAUACUGACCAGAACCAUGGAAUUCCAGGCCUUUCCAGCAAACAUCUCUACACACAUAUGACCCACUUCCUCAAAAAAUGUUUUUCUUUGUCAGAAUAAGUAGGCUAUUCACAGCACGCUGAUGCAUCUCUGAAGAGCACAAUCGUAACAGUGCCCAGGUUGUAUAGUUUUCAGGUGAACUGAUAACAGGAAAUUUGAAGUUUUAAACUUGAUGUUUACAUCCACUUUUCUUAUUGCAAAUUAGCAAAUGUUAUGUUAAUACAUGUUUUGGCAUAUUUAACACCUAUUUUAUAGGAAAAAUAAAAU